CCCGCCCCUUUCUCCGGAUGACUAGAAAUGGGAGGAGAGAAGCCAGAAGCCAAUGGGCAGCUCCGCUUGCUCCUCCCUCAGCCGCCCAAAUCCGGUUUUCUUCGUCCUCCUCCAAGCCGAGAAAAUACAGGCUGUCGCCUCUCCAGAACGAACAGCGGUGCACGUCCUGCUUCUGAUCCUCGUGUUUCUCUGGAGGAUGGUUUUACCUCAAUAAAUGUUGAAACUUCAUAUUUGGUGGCACUCAGAAUCGCCAGAGCUAUGAAACCUGACACCAUUGCUAAGGAUUUACUGUUGCCAGUGGCCAAAGACAUUGUUCGAGUUAUGAUCGGAGAUGAAUUUGUUACGAAAUUGAGUGCAAUUUCCUUAUCUAAUGACACUAUCCACAGAAGAAUAGAUGACAUGUCUGCUGAUAUUCUUGAUCAGGGUUUUCCAGCUUGUUGGUUAUCAAGCCUAAAUACAGAAGUAGACCUGUUGUGGAAGAUGAUCUUCGUUGUGCUCUUGCAAAGACUGCCCCGAGAAUUUCUGAUCUGGUGAGAAAGAAGCAAUCUCAACCUUCGCACUGAUGUUGGCUUUUUACACAUACUGUCGCAAAAUGUAGCAAUGUAGUUUACUGUUGUUAUAUUAAGACUGUGACCCAUGCUACACCAUGCUUCAAGACAAAAUGUCAUUUAUUUGUAAUUAGAAAUAAAUAUUUCACAAUAUAUAAUUA